GCGAAGUUUGAUUUGUAGAGUUCAGCUAUUAAUACUCAAAAUGAUUAGAAUCAAAAGAUUAUACGGUUUAGGUUGCAGAUGUUUCCAGUGACUUGAAAAAUGUUCUGAAAUUUGGAUACGUCUGAAGGGAGGAUUCGUUUUUUAAACCAAUAUACGCGCCCUGAUGGAAUCAAACCUUUUGUGCAAUGGGAAAACAUUUAACAGCCUACUGAGCCUACCAAAGUUAUGUUAACUAAAUCACAAUAAUGGUGUCGCUGUUUCAGCGAGUGUUCAAAACUUGAAGCGCCACCCAUACCACGAACAGGGGGAAACACACCCUAUAUAUCCAUAGUUGUUGCAACAUGUCCAGUAGGAUUUUAUACUAAUGGCGCUUUUAAGAUAUAUAUUUAAGCAUUUAGGACGGGGUUUAUGUUUAUUUUGAUGCAGUAGUUAUCCGCUUCGGUUGGUCGCUUGAGUUGGGAUUUUCAACCUACAGCAAUCAUGUUCUGCAGAAACCAGACUUCCAGAGCCACUGUGGCCCGUGGAUCCGCGAUGGAGAUGGAGGUGAAGAGAGGAAGGUUCCGCCUGAGCGUGCUGGAGGAUUCCGCACAGGACUGUGAGGUUCAGAGACUGAUCGAGAGAGAGGUGAGGAUUAGAGAAGGGGCCUGUAAGCUUUUAGCUGCGUGUUCUCAGAGAGACCAGGCUCUGGAAGCUUCCAAGACUCUCCUCACAUCCAACAGCCGCAUACUGGCCCUCAUGACCCAGCUGCAGCGCAUGAAGGAAGCCCAGGCCAUGCUGAGAGCAGGACGGAGAUCAUCUGAUGGUGCGUCUGCUGAUGAGCGAUUACCUUGUGCUGGAAAAGUAGCCAUUUCAGAUAUUCGCAUUCCUCUCAUGUGGAAAGAUUCAGAGUAUUUUAAAAACAAAGGAGAGCUGCACCAGUGUGCUGUGUUCUGUUUGCUGCAGCUGGGGACAGAGAUUCACGAUACGGAUCUCGUAAUAGUGGACAGGACACUCACAGACAUCUGUUUCGAUGAACCAGUGAUAUUCACUGACGUACCGCCAGGCUUUGACCUGCGGGUGGAGCUCUACAGCUCCUGUAUGGAGGAGGAAUUCAGCAUGGGCUUCUCCACUCGGAGGCUGAGCCGGCUGGGAAGUGCCUCCAGUAAGAAGUUCAUGGCAACAUUAGAGACAGCAGCUUCCUGCAGUUCCCACAGCAGCGGAACUGGAUCACCUGGAGGAGAAUCACCGGUUCUACUGCCUGCUCUAUCAGUACGGGGCCCUAAAUAUCACCUCCUGGCCCACGCAUCUCUGACCCUGUGCCACGCACAGAACUCUUUCCGAACACAUGACCUGACAAUAUCAGACACAGAGGGCUCUUCGUUCUGGUUGCCGCUCUAUGGUAACAUGUGUUGUCGCCUCGUGGCCCAACCUCUUUGUAUGACUCAAGUAGUUAUGUGUGGGAAACUCAGAAUUCGGUCAGAGAGCAAUCCUGAGGACUGGAGAGACGUCUACGGUGUUCUGAGUGGGUCAGAUUUAAAAUGUUAUCAGCAGCAGGACGAUUCAGAUUCUUUAGAGACACCACUGUUCACUAUUCCCAUUAAUAAGGACACCCGUGUGCGUGCCACAGAGAGAGAUCCAGCUCUACAUACUCACAGUAUCACCAUAACAAACCAGAGUGGCGAUGAGACCACAUACACAAUUGUCACACACACAUCUGAAGACACAAAUAACUGGAUGGAAGCCUUCUGGCAACAUUUCUAUGACAUGAGUCAGUGGAAACAAUGCUGUAAUGGGCUCAUGAAGAUUGAGGAACCUUCUCCAAAGAAAAUGACGGUGACAUUAAAACAAGGCUCCCUGUAUCAUGAAAUGGUUACGUCACCAUCCACCAAGACCAGAAACCAUCUGCAACCCCUGAACAGACCUGUCUCUUCUGAAAUCCAAAGCCUGCUGUCCAACUAUUAUAAUGACAGUUACUGAAGAAUCCAACAAGAAAACUAAAGAAAAAACCUGUUUUGUGCACAGCUAACACGCACAGUAUAUACAGCACACACACAUUUUUUUGGGGAAAAACGAAAUUUAAAUUUGUUUUUUUUUUUCAUAUUUGUUUACUAAAUCCAAAAUACACACCCAAGUACAAAAUACUAUUUUGGCUUGAAACUCUGACUGUCAUUAUCAAACAGUUAACCCUAAUAUUACAAGACUAUACAGUUUCCCACUUUUUAGCUUCUUACUAUAUAAAUAACUAUAAUAAUAAAGAAACUUUGACUUAAAAUCAUGUGAGAAUUAAGAGUGUUACAAGAGACAAUAAACCAGCACACCUGCAUAGGAAUUUGUUUGCCAGGAACAACAGCUAAUUAUACAGUUUAGUGUCAUUAUGGAAAGAUAAUCUAUUUCACUUUCAGUUGUUAAGGACUGAAAAACAUGUAUCAAAAUCUAUUAAAAAGUAUAUCAGCUUGUCAGUACAGCAUAUGCAUGUACAGCAUGGUGUUUUCUCUCUUUUUUUAGGGCAAAUUUCUUUUUCAGUGUUCAGUAAAGGUUUGGCUCCUUAUGUUUGAUUCAACAAGCCUGAUUUGGCAGUGUAACUUGAUCCUGUGGAAGAUCAGGACUUGGUAUCGCUGGAUUUAAAUCACUCACUUUUAAAAUUGACUGGAACAUUUUUACUUGCUACAAGCUACGGAAAUCCUGCAAAAGAAGAGUUUGACAGUUUGUUUUUAUUGUUUAUUCAGUCAUUGUAAUUAUUGUACCACCCAGUGCCGUUCAAGAUAAUUGAGCAACUCAAGUUUCAUGCCAAACCUUUAAAUGAUUUAAAACGGAUAUUAAAUUCAAAUGAUCUUUAUCUUUUCUUAAGAAAAAUCAGUCAAACAGCCAACCAAGCAACACUGUUUUAAAUCAUUAAUUGUUAUGAAUAUAACCGUCAUCUCUAAACCUUACUUGAAUAUUAAGUUUAGAUCAAUGUCAAGCUGUCAGUGAUAGCUGGAUAGGCCCUACAGCAACUUGACUUACUGUAAUUUGUAUUACAUAAGAAUUGUUAUUCAUUGAUCAAAUAUGUUCCUUUCUGAGAACAUUUUUUGAAUAGCAAGCUAAAAUUGUUGACUGAUUUGUCUUACUGUAGGAUUUGUAACCCUUUUAGCAAUUGACUUAGAAGUUAAGGCUGUUUAUAUUAAUAAAAUCGGCAGUACUAACAAACGUAUUAUUAAUUUAUGUAAUACGAGGUGAUGUGACUCGUUGGUUGAUAAUUUGGCUGGUGGUAACCAAAAGGUUGUAGGUUCAAAUCCCAGGAGAAGCCACCUGCCACCACUGUGUCCAUGAAAAAGAUGUCACAUUGCUUCAUGGAAUCUUUGUUCCUGCUCUCUCUGAACAGACUGUUGUUGGAAUAUAGGUACAGAUCUGUUGUUUCAUUUUUUAUAUGACAAUUAUGUGUUAAUAGUUCCGUGAUAAUAAAAUGAACAAUUGGAAAUCCC